GAAUCUGCUUUGAAUUUCUCCUUAUAACCUCAAAAACGUUUUAUUCUUACUCAUUUCAUCCAGAGAAAAUGUUAUUUCUUAAUAGUACUCGCAGGAUAAGUUUUUAUUCUAUAAGAGAUUGGUAUGGAAACAUUGCGAAAACCUCGCCGCAUGAAACCGCCAUACAAACAUGUUGUACAAAUUGGCGAUCCAACCCUCAGACAAACUGCUGAGGAAGUACCAACUGAUUUAAUAGAUUCCAAGGAAAUUCAAACAAUAUUACAUAAAAUGAAAGAUGUUUAUACAAAAUACAAUUGUUGUGGACUGUCUGCUCCACAAGUAGGGGUUUCAUUGAGGAUAAUAAUGGUGGGCAUGAAUAAAAAACAAAUGAAGGAACAUACACCAGAAGAGAUUAAAAUUAAACAAAUUAAAGAGUUUGAUUUUCAAAUUUUUAUUAAUCCUGUAGUGAAAGUGACUGAUUACACUAAAAUAUUGUUUCCUGAGUCCUGUGAAAGUGUCAGAGGAUUCUGGGCAGAAGUUCCUAGAUAUCAAGCAAUUACAUUACAAGGGCAUAAUGAAAUUGGCAAAGAAAUGAACAUGGAACUGUCUGGUUGGAUGGCGCGAAUCGUCCAGCAUGAAAUGGACCAUUUGAAUGGCAAAUUGUAUACUGACAUCAUGGAUAGGAAAACUUUAACUUGUGGUUGUUGGGAUAUCAUUAAUGAGAGGAAUGGUGGAGUGAUACUACCUUACAGACCUAAAUAAUAAAUAAAGUUUAAUAUUGUUUGUAUGCUUGUUGGGUUGCACCCAAAUACAAGUUUGCAUUUCUAA